AUGAACAAUACCAACAGCCCUAACACUCUCACCGAUCCAUUGAAUUGGACAACUGCUAUUUUUAUGACCGUGAACGCAAUAUUUGGAAUAGUUUGCAAUACAAUUAUCAUCUACAACUUUGCUACUUCUCCAAAGGAACGAACAUCUUUCAACCUGAUCUGUGCUGCCCGAGCUAUUGCGAACGUUGUUAUUCUCGGAAUGGGAUUUCUAUCGCUUUUCGUUCCGCUCACCAUUUUUGGUGAAAAUCUAUUUCCCCCAGUUCAUCAUGCCAUUGUUAUCACAAUCAUCAACAGCCUCUACACUGGAUUACAGAAUUGCGGUUUUCUCAUUGCUAUCAACCGAUUUGUGGCAAUGUUCUUCGCGUUUUUCUAUUCGAAAUAUUUCACUCCCACAGUUACUUUUAUUCUGACUGCUGCAAUGUUCGCUUUCCGAUUUUACAGAAUGGGUUACGAUAUCAUUGAUAACAAUUAUAACCAAUGUUUCUCCACAUACUCCUCAGUGUACCUAACGUGGUUCCCAACCAGAGAUCCUCGUUGCCGGAACAAAUACGAGGAUGUUUUUGACUUGACAACGCUUCUUCUUGUGGGACUGGUUCUUAUCAAUAUAGCUACUUUUGUCAAGAUUUACUUGUUUUACAAGUCGACUGAAAUGGAUUCUAAGGAAAUUAAAAAACGAAUCAGGAAGAAUAGAAUCCUGUUCUCACAAACUAUCAUUCAAGACCUGGCGUAUGCUAUCGACAUGGCAUUCACUUUUAAAUUAAGUGCUCUCUCGAUGUCGAGGCUUUGGUCAUUCAUUUGUGGCAGUAUGGUUUGGGAAUGCGUUCAUUCCUUUGAUGGAUUGAUCAUGAUAAUGUUCAACGAGAAGCUGACGUUUCUUAAGAAAAGCUUUUUCGAUUCAUCUUCUCCCAGUUCGUCCGUCGGAACACAAGGAAAUCCAAAUGCUCUUUUUUCUCCUAGAGCUCCGGCUCCUGUUGUUUGA